GACUCAAACAAACGUGUUAUCAUGCGCUUUCUUUCUGAUUACAGUGAGAUAGUAUCAAAUCAAAUUAAGUUAUGAACUAAACGAUCACUCAUUCACUCACUCACUCUGUGUUUGAAAUCGAUCAUCAACACUCGUGAAUCACGCUCACUCUGCAGCAGAAAUGCUCAAGUUUCGAACCAUCUUCUCCAAAUCCAAAUCCAACUUCAACACCAUUCUUCUUCGCACUCUCACUUCAUCAUCUCAAUCCACUCACAUUCACAACAACCUCCACUCUCCACUUCGCGAUGCUUCCAAACCACCACGUGCACCCGCACGUGCCAAUAACCGUCGCGGUUUCUGCACCGCACCGGAGACGGAGAGGGAUUCCAUCGAGUACGACGUCGUUAUAGUCGGAGCAGGCCCCGCCGGUUUAUCGGCCGCGAUACGCCUGAAGCAAAUGUGCAUCGAAAAAGGCGCCGAUCUCUCCGUCUGCGUCCUCGAGAAAGGUGCUGAAGUAGGUGCUCAUGUGAUUUCCGGAAACGUGUUUGAACCUCGUGCAUUGGAUGAGCUUCUUCCACAGUGGAAGCAGCAAGAGGCUCCGAUCACCACUCCAGUUUCUUCUGACAAGUUUUGGUUCCUGACUAAGAAUCGUGCAAUUUCACUUCCAUCUCCUUUUGAUAACAAAGGAAACUAUGUAAUAAGUCUAAGUCAGUUAGUACGUUGGAUGGGAUCAAAAGCUGAAGAGUUAGGAGUGGAAAUAUACCCAGGAUUUGCUGCUAGUGAGAUAUUGUAUGAUGCGAACAACAAAGUUAUCGGUAUUGGAACUAAUGACAUGGGAAUUUCAAAAGAUGGUUCAAAGAAGGAGACUUUUCAACGUGGUGUUGAGGUCAAAGGUCGCAUAACACUUUUUGCUGAGGGAUGUCGAGGAUCAUUAUCAGAGAAAAUAAUGAAAAAGUACAACCUGAGAGAGAAGGGAGGUGCAGAACAUCAAACAUAUGCUUUGGGAAUUAAAGAGGUUUGGGAAAUUGAUGAGGAAAAGCAUCAACCUGGCACAGUGCUCCACACACUGGGAUGGCCCUUGGAUCAUAAAACAUAUGGAGGAUCUUUUCUGUAUCACAUGAAAGAUAAGCAAAUAUCUAUAGGCCUUGUGGUGGCUUUGAACUAUCAGAACCCUUUCUUAAAUCCUUAUGAAGAAUUUCAGAAACUUAAGCAUCACCCUGCAAUCAAACCAAUUCUGGAAGGUGGAACAGUUAUCCAGUAUGGAGCUCGCACAUUAAAUGAAGGAGGUAUUCAGUCUAUCCCAUAUCCAGUUUUUCCUGGAGGAGCAAUUAUCGGAUGUUCAGCUGGCUUCUUGAAUGUGCCUAAGAUAAAGGGAACUCACACAGCGAUGAAAUCAGGAAUGCUGGCAGCUGAAGUUACAUUUGGCGUGCUUAACGAAGGACUGGAUAUGGAUACAUAUUGGGAUACUUUGAGGAAUUCGUGGAUUUGGGAAGAACUAUUUAAAUCUCGGAACUAUCGACCAGCCUUUGAGUAUGGACUAAUUCCAGGAUUAGCCUUAAGUGGUCUGGAACAUUACUUACUCAAGGGGAGGCACCCUAUUACUUUGAAGCAUGGUAAACCCGAUCAUGAAGCUACAAAUGCUGCACAGUUGCAUUCUCCCAUUCACUACCCCAAGGCUGAUGGUGUCUUGUCCUUUGAUGUACCUACCUCUCUGCACAGAAGCAACACAAAUCAUGAGCAUGAUCAACCUCCUCAUCUUCGUUUGAGGGACCCAAAGAUUCCUGAACAUGUAAAUUUACCAGUGUAUGCUGCUCCUGAGUCACGAUAUUGUCCUGCAAGAGUAUAUGAGUAUGUUGUAGAUGAGCAGAAUCAGAAGAAAUUGCAUAUUAAUGCACAAAACUGCUUGCAUUGCAAGGCUUGUGAUAUCAAAGAUCCAAAGCAAAAUAUUGAGUGGACAGUGCCUGAAGGGGGUGGAGGCCCGGGUUACUCAGUCAUGUAGAACCACAACGUAGUGGUACUAUCAGCAAACUGCGACCUCUUCUAUGUUGAUAUGUUUCUCCAGAUUAAAAAAACUAUAUGAAACUUUUCAUAGUUAAAUUGUAUAAAAAAAAUUAAGAGCCAGUUGAAAUCAAAAUUGUAUACAAUUUUAGACAAUUUUAGUGUCCACAAUUAUAAAUUAGUUUUUCACCUCAA